CUUCUCCUCUUCGUCUCGUCUCAGUUCCCGCUCUCGGCUGCAGGCGGCGCUCGUCCCUCCAACGGCACCUCCUCCAACGCCACCAAACCCAAAUGCGGCGGGAACACGGACUGUAUCGAAGGUGUCAUUUUACCCAUCUGGAAACCGGUCGACCCCGUUUUACCCGAGCGAAUCGCCAGGGCUACGAUAUACUUUUUGGCGCUCGCGUACAUGUUUCUCGGCGUUUCCAUCAUCGCGGAUCGGUUCAUGGCGUCGAUCGAGGUCAUAACGUCGCAAGAACGCCAGAUUACGAUCAAGAAACCCAACGGCGAGAAAAUCACGACGACGGUGCGGAUUUGGAACGAGACGGUUUCCAAUUUGACGCUGAUGGCUCUGGGUUCGUCCGCUCCGGAAAUUCUUUUAUCGGUGGUGGAAGUUUGCGGGCACGAUUUCAGCGCCGGAGAGCUCGGUCCGAACACGAUCGUCGGAAGCGCCGCGUUUAACAUGUUCGUCAUUAUAGGUCUUUGCGUUUCCGUUAUCCCCGAUGGCGAAAUCAGAAAAGUGAAACAUUUGCGCGUGUUUUUCGUCACAGCCACGUGGAGCGUUUUCGCCUACACGUGGCUGUAUCUGAUUUUGGCGGUUUUCAGUCCCGGCGUUGUUGAAAUCUGGGAAGGGUUGCUCACGUUGUUCUUUUUUCCUCUUUGCGUCGGUUUUGCGUACGUGGCCGAUCGGCGUUUGCUUUUUUACAAAUACGUCUACAAGCGGUAUCGCGCCGGUAAACAAAAAGGCAUGAUCAUCGAGACGGAAGGCGAGCCCGACGUGCCUCUGAAAUCCGACGUGGAAAUGCUGAAAGCGAACGGGGAGGAACUGGAGACGUACUUCGAGUGGGACGAGGAAGAAUCGCGCAAAGAAGUGGCGGCUAUUUUGAAGGAGCUCAAACAGAAACACCCGGAGAAAGAUUUAGAACAGCUGACCGAGCUCGCCAACUACCAAGUCCUAAACCAACAGCAGAAGAGCAGAGCGUUUUACCGAUGCCAGGCGACGCGGAUCAUGACGGGAGCGGGGAAUAUUUUGAAGAAACACGCGGCGGAACAAGCCAAACGCGCCACCAGCCAAUUCGAAUUCUCCUCUGAAGCGUUGGCGAAUUAUACGAAGGUUUAUUUCGACCCGGGUUCGUAUCAGUGUUUGGAAAACUGUGGCAGCGUCGCGUUGAACAUCGUGCGUCAGGGCGGCGAUUUGACGCAAAGAAUUUACGUGAAUUACCAAACGGAAGACGGUACAGCAAACGCCGGUUCUGAUUACACGUCGACGGAAGGUACGAUUGUUUUCGAACCGGGCGAAACCGAAAAGGAAAUCCGCAUCGAGAUCAUCGACGACGACAUUUUUGAAGAAGACGAACACUUUUUGGUGCAUCUGAGCAACGUCCGCGUGGAAAGCAAAGACGUGAGCGCCGUGGUGGGGCUGGGGUUGCCCUGCACGGCGACGGUUACGAUUUUCGACGACGAUCACGCGGGUAUUUUUACGUUCGAGGACGCCGGGGUGACUGUGAGCGAGAGUGUGGGCGUGAUGGAGGUGAGGGUGCUGAGGACCUGCGGAGCGCGCGGAGCUGUGGCCAUACCGUUCAAAACCAUCGAAGGGACGGCCAAAGGAGGAGGAGAGGACUUCGAGGACACGCACGGAGUCCUGGAGUUUGACAACAACGAGAUAGUUAAGUCCUUUCAGAUAAACAUAAUCGACGACGACCAGUACGAGAAGAACAAGAACUUCUUUGUGGAGAUGGGCGAGCCGCGCCUCCUGGAGAUGAGUGAGAGGAAAGCUGUUUUGCUCCAUGAGACAGGCGGAUACGUCAAAACAGGUAAAGAAAUCUACAGGAAAGUCCAGGGACGAGACAACCCCACCAUCAACAUCACAGUCCUGGUCCAGUCCUGGUUCAGUCUUGGUUUUGUUGCAGAUUCGGAGGAUUUCUCUCUGAAGGAGCAGGAGGAGAUGAGAAUCGCUGAAAUGGGUCGUCCGACUUUGGGGGAACACACUCGUCUGGAGGUGACCAUCGAAGAGUCCUACGAGUUUAAGAGCACGGUGGAUAAACUGUUAAAAAAAACAAACUUGGCUCUGGUCAUCGGCACCAACAGCUGGAGGCAGCAGUUUGUGGAGGCCAUCACCGUCAGCGCAGGCGACGACGACGACGACGACGACGGUGGCUCCGAGCGCCCGCCCUCCUGCUGCGAUUACCUCAUGCACUUCCUCACGGUGCUGUGGAAGCUGGUGUUCGCCCUCGUGCCGCCGACGGACUACCUGAGCGGGUGGCCGUGCUUCUGCGUGUCCAUCUGCGGCAUCGGCCUCCUCACGGCGUUCAUCGGGGACCUGGCCUCGCACUUCGGCUGCACCGUGGGGCUCAAGGACUCCGUGACCGCCGUGGUGUUCGUGGCUCUGGGGACGUCCGUGCCAGACACGUUUGCGAGUAAAGUGGCGGCGAUCCAGGACCAGUACGCAGACGCCUCCAUCGGGAACGUGACGGGCUCCAACGCGGUGAACGUGUUCCUGGGCAUCGGCGUGGCGUGGUCCAUCGCCGCCGUCGUUCACUGGUGGAGGGGCGAGAAGUUCGAGGUGGACCCCGGCACCCUGGCCUUCUCCGUCACGCUCUUCACCAUCUUCGCAUUCGUCUGCAUCGCGGUGCUCAUCUACAGGCGCAGGCCCUCCAUCGGCGGGGAGCUGGGCGGUCCCCGGGGGCCCAAAAUCCUGACCACGACCUUGUUUUUCAGCCUGUGGCUCAUGUACAUUGUGUUCUCGUCCCUGGAGGCCUACUGCCACGUGGAGGGCUUCUGA